CAGAGAGAAUGACUCCCCUGCUGUAGGACUCCUCCUGGGCCCCUCUCGUGGUCAGGGCUGCUGCUCUGACUUUGCCUUUUCCUUGUCUCCUUUGCAGAAUGGCACCAGCUUCCACGUGUUCGACCAAGGACGCUUUGCCAAGGAGGUGCUGCCCAAGUACUUCAAGCACAACAACAUGGCCAGCUUUGUGCGGCAGCUGAACAUGUAUGGCUUCAGGAAGGUGGUGAACAUCGAGCAGGGGGGGCUCGUCAAGCCCGAGCGGGACGACACCGAGUUCCAGCACCUCUGCUUCCUGCAGGGCCACGAGCACCUCCUGGAGCACAUCAAGAGGAAGGUGUCAGUAGUGAAAAGUGAGGAGACCAAGAUGCGGCAGGAGGACCUCAGCAGGUUGCUAUACGAGGUACAGAUACUGAGGAGUCAGCAGGAGAACAUGGAGUGUCAAGUGCAGGACAUGAAGCAGCAAAACGAAGUCCUUUGGCGGGAGGUUGUUUCUCUCCGGCAGAACCACUCCCAGCAACAGAAAGUGAUCAACAAGCUGAUUCAGUUUCUGUUUGGCCAGCUGCAAUCCAGCCCCAGCAGCACUGGGAUAAAGAGGAAGCUACCUCUGAUGCUUGACAAUGGGAUCUCAACUCCCCCAGUGUCCAAGUUCAGACACUUGUCUGCAGACCCCCUGCACGACCCCUAUUUCAUACAGUCGCCAUCAACAGAACCUGCCUCUUGCUUAAACAGCCCUGGAAUUGCUGGAGGACCCAUCAUAUCUGACGUUACUGAAGCAUCACCAUCCAACAUAAUAAAUAUGCAGCCCCCUCCUGAAAAUGACAGGGAGAAGUGCCUGAUGCUGAUCAAGGAGGAGCCCGUGAGCCCUGGCGUGAAGGGCACGGCCGAGCCCGACGUGCCCCUGCCCGGCUGCCGGGCCUGCCCCGAGCCCCCGGUGCUGCCUGUGGCCAUGGUCCAGUCUGUCCUGGAGGGCAAGGGGGGCUGUGCUGCAGCCCCAGGGACCUCCCAGCCGCCAGAGAGGAGGGGCAGAAGGGCUCUGCUGGACAGAACAGAUAUUUCAGACCCGUUGGAGGGCACUGACUGGAGCCUGGAGGGGCUGCAGCUGCUGCUGAGGAGCCAGCAGUACGGCCUGGAGCCUGCCAGCCUGCUGGAUCAGGUCUUUAAUCCCAAUUUAUCUCUGAGUGAGUGGAAUAUGACUGAAAUGGAGGCCAGCCUGUCCCCGAUGCAGCGACUCACAGUGGAUCUGGAGAAGAAUGCAACUGAGCUGCCCCCAAAAGUGUUCAACCCCCCGUUUAACAGCACCUGCCCAGGGAAGGAUGUCAUCCUGGAAAGUGCCCAGCAGUUCCUCCUCGACCGUCAGUCCAUCUUUGGAAACGACCUCCUCAGCUUGCCUGAGAGCUCAUCCCUUUAUGUUCCACCUGAAAAUGUGGCUUCCUACCUGUCCUCUGUGGGGGUCCAGGGGGACAUCCCUUUAAACCUGAGCUCUUCAACAGACAACAGCCAGUGAUUUUGCUUCCAAGAACCAACAUCUCCCUCCCACCCAUCCAAGCAUCCACAGGUUUGAAUGUAAAGAAACCAAAGUGACUCAGAAACCCACUAGAGAGUUUCUUUUUGUGCCCUUUUUUUGGAGUAGAUGGAAAUGGUUGGUAGCUGUUGCGUUGCUCUCCCUGCACCUGGUUUUCAGUGUUUUUGAAAACAAAAUACUGUUUCUGGUGCUUGCUCCUAGGGGGAGUGAAAACUUGGCAGGAUUUUUUUUUUCUUGAAAAUGCUUUUAGAAAUUUCAAAACUUCUAACAAAAUUUAAGUGAAAAGUAGCUUGAAAGUCCAUCUGGGACUUCAUAAAAUAGUGAUCCUGACUAGUGUCUGCUACGGCAAACUGUGGGAUUUUACAGGGGCAGCACAGAUUAGCUAAGAUGCCUGACCCUUCUCCAUGCUCUUCUUGAAAUAGGAAAAUAAUCUAAUGCUCUACAAAUAUUUUUUUAUCCAUUUUCUGGGUUUGAUAGGAUGCACCUGUGCCUCUCCCUUGUCCUCCUAGGGUGAGUAGGAAACAGAUCUCUCAGGGUGUGCAGAAGAUAAUUUUCUGAGUGACCCCCCAGGACGUGUCUCUGGCUCUCAGGGGAGCCACAGACCAUCACAGGCCACAAAACAUCCCACGCUGAGUUGAGAGCAUUUGUUGCUUGGGAUUUGUUUUGCCCCAAAUUUCUUUUCUCUUAGAUAAAGGCAGGGCACUCCAUACUUAAAAACAUAAAAAAGGGAUAGACUCUUCUGCACACGCAGUUUUUCAUGUGCAGAGGGGGCUGAGGGAGCACACUCUGGGGUUUGGUGCUGGCUAAGUAUUCCAUGUCCAGUCCAAUGGUUUUUUUCCCUUGGCUUUGACCUGUUCUAUUUCCUCUGAAGAUGUGCCCGUUGGUUUAUUGAUGUAUAAAAUCUGAUUAAAGAGUUCAAUUGAUUGGAUCCCCCUUUUAGAAGGACUCUCAGCUGCUCAGUGUAGGAGAGAAGCAGAAGGGUUAGUCCACCAUGUCCCACAAACUUUUCUUCUGUCCUUUGUGCAUCUGAGACCAGCCUCAAAGGCUGAACUAAUCUUCCCCUUCCAUGUGGUUUCUGACGACUGAGUUUCUCAACAAAGCAGAGCUUUGUUUUUUAUGCUGUAGUUCUAAUGAGAACAUAUUAUUUAUCUCAAUAUCCUCUACCUGAGUUGCUUUUCCUUAGGAAAGCUACUCAAAUGCAGUAGAACAGAUCCAGGAAAUUCAAUUAACUCAGGCCUCCUAAGGGCUUAGACAGGGAGGUGUAAGCUGUGCCAGUGUCAUUUGAAGAAAUGCUCUGUCCCCUUUCAUUGCCAUGACAGCUCUUGGUUAUAAACCAGAUUUCUGAGCAUCUUGGUCAAGCAGCAUCCACACCAAAAUGCAGUCAACCAAUCAGAUGAGUGCAGGCUCAAAAUGACAAUAAGAUGAGCAUGUUUUAAAUGGACCUUCCUGUCACAGCCCUUUCCUCCAUCCAUUUAUCAUUAUGUGAACAGAUGUGUUAGUUCAGAAACGUUCACUUUUGAGCACAUUUUCCCCCAGCUGACUCCUGUGUGCUGGGAGCUCUGUCACUGCCUCGGUGGUGCAGUCUGUGCAGGAGCAGGGUGUGAGAGCUUCUGAAUUAAUCCCAGCCACUGUUUUUGUGUUCAGGACUAAGGGAAAAUUCUGGCAGCCCCCAUUGGCCUGGUAUUUAGAUGAUGUGCUUGAGUGUAUCCUGGAAAAGGUUUUCCUUUUCAAGGGAUUUGUGCUCAGAAAGUUCACCUAGAUCAGCCCAUUUGCCACUAUUUUGCCAUUUCCAGCGAUGGAAAGUCGUUGAGUUGCACUCUGGUUAAUUCUUUUCUCAUAGAUAAUUGAAGGCUGUCUGGUGUCUGCUGACACCCAGCAGUGUGUGUUCAAGAUUCACAUCCUUCUCUGAGCUCCCACACUCUCGGCUGCUGAAAUGUUAACACUGAAUGUAUUGAUCCAACAAGGUGUUGAAGCACAUGCUUAACCUCAAGCUCCUGAAGCCUUUUUCCGAAGCCUGUGGCAUG